AUGCAAAGACACACGAGAUCGCGUAGAGGAGAGAAACCCUUUAGUUGCUCAGUCUGCGGUAAAGGAUUUUCUAAAAAUGUAAAUAUGCAGACACGUAUGAGAACACAUACAAGAGAGAAGCCAUUUAGUUGCUCAGUCUGUGGUAAAGGGUUUUCUGUUAAGGGAAAUAUGCAGACACACAUGAGAACACAUACAGGAGAGAAGCCAUUUAGUUGCUCAGUCUGUGGUAAAGGGUUUUCUGUUAAGGGAAAUAUGCAGACACACAUGAGAACACAUACAGGAGAGAAGCCAUUUAGUUGCUCAGUCUGUGGUAAAGGGUUUUCUGUUAAGGGAAAUAUGCAGACACACAUGAGAACACAUACAGGAGAGAAGCCAUUUAGUUGCUCAGUCUGUGGUAAAGGGUUUUCUGUUAAGGGAAAUAUGCAGACACACAUGAGAACACAUACAGGAGAGAAGCCAUUUAGUUGCUCAGUCUGUGGUAAAGGGUUUUCUCGAAAAAGAGUUCUGCAGACACACGUCAGAAUACAUACAGGAGAGAAACCUUUCACCUGCUCAGUUUGUGGUAAAGGGUUUACUCAGAAUGGAAAUAUGCAGGUACACAUGAGAACACAUACAGGAGAGAAGCCAUUUAGUCGUACAGUCUUUGUCGAGAAUUGUGGGGGCUGCGGUGGGAGUUAG